CCGGGAGGCUCUGGGCUGCGGGCAGUCCGCUUCCUCCGGCUCCAUCAUGUCCACGGGCGGAGACUUCGGGAAUCCGCUGAGGAAAUUCAAGCUGGUGUUCCUGGGGGAGCAGAGCGUUGGAAAGACAUCCUUGAUCACCAGAUUCAUGUAUGACAGUUUUGACAACACCUAUCAGGCAACAAUUGGUAUUGACUUUUUAUCAAAAACAAUGUACUUGGAAGAUCGAACAAUCAGGCUGCAGCUGUGGGAUACUGCGGGUCAGGAACGUUUCCGUAGCCUCAUUCCCAGUUACAUCCGUGAUUCUGCUGCAGCCGUAGUAGUUUACGAUAUCACAAAUGUUAACUCAUUCCAGCAAACUACAAAAUGGAUUGAUGAUGUCAGAACAGAAAGAGGAAGUGAUGUUAUCAUCAUGCUAGUAGGAAAUAAAACAGAUCUUGCUGAUAAGAGGCAAGUAUCAAUUGAGGAGGGAGAGAGGAAAGCCAAAGAGCUGAAUGUUAUGUUUAUUGAAACUAGUGCAAAAGCGGGAUACAAUGUAAAGCAGCUCUUCCGACGUGUUGCAGCAGCUUUGCCUGGAAUGGAAAGCACACAGGACAGAAGCAGAGAAGACAUGAUUGACAUAAAACUGGAAAAGCCUCAGGAUCAACCAGUCAGCGAAGGAGGCUGUUCCUGCUAAUCCCUCUUGGCCUCUUCAACUUUUCUCCAGAAGCUCACUGCUUUGGCCCCCUUACUCUUUCAUUGACUGCAGUGUGAAUAUUGGCUUGAACCUUUUCCCUUCAGUAAUAACGUAUUGCAAUUCUUCAUUGCUGCCUGUCUCGUGGAGAUGAUCUAUUAGCUUCACAAGCACAAAAAAGUCAGUGUCUAUAUUAUUUAUAUUUUACAAAAAGUCAAACAAUUCCAGCAUAUUCCAGUGAUCAUUUUAAACAUUAGAUACAGUUUCUUAACUUUUUUUUCCUUUUUAAUGUUAUGAUAAUGCACUUCAAAAUGAUGGAAAUCUCAACAGUAUGUGGCUUGGUUAAGGAAUAGCUGUUCACAGCAGCAUUUGCCUACCUACUUGACCUCUCCCUGCUUUUUUCAUCUCUCCCUUACCCAUUUCCUAUUCUUACUCUCCACUCCUAAAAACAAACAAGAGGUGGCAAAGCAUCAGUCAGACCAAGCUCAUUGGAAUUAUCUUUAAAUUUUAGUGAUACCACUUGUUUUAGGCCUUGGGUCAAGAUGUCCAAAAUUAUUCUUGAGCACUGAAGUAAAUUAUUUAGACUUUAUUUGAGGUCAAAACUCAAUUAUCAUGGUAGGCAGUACUCAAAUAAGUGUUCUGGUGCAUCUUUAAAAUGAGUCCUAAUGAACAUAGUACUUACAAGUAAUGAACAAAAAAUUUAUUUCUGACCAAAACUAAUGACACUUUCACAUGUUAGAUUCUGGGAGAGAAAAGUAAAACAGAACAGGUUUUUUUAUAUUUAAUUUUUCUAAUGAACUGUCUCUUCCAAGAUUCUAAAAUUGUCAGAAUAGAGUUCUUCUGUUUAUUUAAAAGAAUUUUUUUAAGCAAUAGAUUUCUCCUGUUUUUUUUUGUGGUUUUUUUUUUAAUGCUGUGCAGGCAAGGCACUAUAGAAAUAAAAUUCCUUUAAGAACCAGUGGAAGAAUUUAAAUUUGGCACCUUGGUCAAAACUACUAUAUCCAGUAGAAAUGAUGAUAUCUAAAGCUUACCAACAAAAGAAUCCUUAACAGAAUAGCAAAUACUUUGCUCAGGAUAUUUGGGAUCAGAUUGAAAAUGGCAGGUUUUCUUAAUAAGCCCCUAGAGGCAGAUCUGGAAAAGCAUACACAGAAGAGGAUAAGAGAGAAUGGAAAUAAAACUCAAUAUUAUUGCAGAUUUAUGCCUUAUUUUUUAGCUUUUUUAAAUGUUGGGUCUUUCAGGCUGGUUUUGCUUUUUAUUAGAUCUAUUGUAUAGUUUGGUUAAUUAACUAGUAAUUUAGUUUUAUAUUUAAGCUACAAUUAAUCUUCUUUCUUUGGUGAUAUUUAUUUCUUUGCCUUUAUUAAAACUACUUUUAAUUAUUAGAUGUUUUGUUUAAUCUAUUUAGAGCUUCAUCACCAUGGCAAUAUGUAUUUCCCUUAAAACACUGCAAACAAAUAUACUAGGAGUGCACCAUUUCAAUCUUUACUAGUUAUUGUGAGAUUGCUGUGUAAGUUAAACACGUUUGUAAAUACAUUAUUUGCAGGAAGAAAUUUUCUGAGUUAUGGCUCGGGAAAAGCCUGCUGAAUUUAUGUUGUAAGCAUUACUUAACACAGUAUAAAAAUGGAAAAAAACAAAAGUAUCUUCAUACUUCCUCAUCCCCUCAUUACAACAAAACCCUUAACUGGGAGAACCUUAUUCCCCUCUCUUUCCUCUUCCUCCUCCACUUCCCAUUUAUUAUCACCUUCUAAUAUUCAGAGAGCACUUGAUAAUGGGUCUGAAUAGAGAAAUGUUUUAAGAUAAUCAUUAGCCCACAUACCAGUAACUUAUACUCAAAGAUGGGAUGGAGUUGUAAAGUGCUUUUAUAAAACAAUAUUAUUGUUAAAGGCAAGGGUUGACUCUUUUGUUUUAUUUUGACAUGGCAUGUCCUGAAAUAAAUAUCAAUUCAAUAUGGCAAA